AUUUUCGAAUUUCAAAGGGUUUUUGGUCCAAAUGUGAGUCAAGAACGCGUGUUCAACGAUGUACAAGAAUUAGUUAUGUCUUGUCUGCACGGGUACAAUGUUUCUAUUAUAGCGUACGGACAGACAGGAAGUGGUAAGACGCAUACGAUGAGAGGAGGUGGAAGUGAAUCUGAAGGUCUUAUUCCGCGAGCUGUAAAGUUCCUUUUCCAGUCGAAGGACAAGUUAUCGGACCUAGAUUGGACAUUCGAGUUCAAGGCGUCUUUUGUGGAAGUAUACAAUGAAGAAGUAUAUGAUUUGCUCGCUGAGAGAAAUAAGCUUGAAUUAAAGAUGGGUGCAGGAAUCACAACGGUCAACGGUUUGAAAUACUAUGACAUAAAUGACAAGGGCGAUGUGGAGAACAUUCUAUUGAUCGCUGACAGGACCCGAUCAACGGCCGCUACAAAAUGCAAUGAACAAUCGAGUAGAAGUCAUGCAGUUUUCAAACUAUCUAUAGAAGGAAAUAACAAGACUUCUCUAAACUGCUUUGACGAAACAAUUUCAUGUUGUGCAACCCGCCACGCAUCCCUUCACCUUGUCGACCUUGCUGGCUCAGAACGUGUCAAAGAGUCUGGUGCCGAGGGUGAUCGCUUUAAGGAAAUGACAUUCAUUAAUUCUGCACUCUCGAAUUUGCAAAACUGUAUUCGGAGUCAGUUGAAUAAGAAUCAACAUAUACCCUACCGGAACUCGAAACUUACAAUGCUUCUUCGGGAUAGCUUGGGUGCUGGAAACUCAAAAACAAUGGUUAUUGUUGCGUUGAAUCCGGCUCUGGCGCAAGUAGCAGAGACAAAACGUAGUUUGGAAUUCAUGAGCUUAACAAAGAUCGGAUCCGCAAAGAAGCAAGAACAGUAA